GCACGGCGCCGCAAAGCCUGCCGGGAUCCCGGCGCGCAAUGGCUACUCCCAGCCUGCGGGGUCGACUAGCACGGCUUGGAAACCCGCGGAAACCUAUAUUGAAACCCAACAAGCCGCUCAUCCUAGCUAACCGUGUUGGAGAAAGGCGCCGGGAGAGGGGUGAGGCGACCUGUAUUACGGAGAUGUCGGUGAUGAUGGCUUGUUGGAAGCAGAAUGAAUUCCGCGACGAAACGUGCAGAAAAGAAAUCCAGGACUUCUUCGAUUGUGCCUCGAAGGCUGAGGCAGCCCGAAAGAUGAGAUCAAUCCAGGGAGAGUCUGGGAAUUUACCCCCCAAGAAAUUGAAUAUGUUGUUACAGAGGUUUCCUAACAAACCUCACGUCAGCUGAAAAUGGAGAAACAUUUUCAGUGAUUUUCAGUGACUGUAGCUUCUGAGAACUAUGCAGAAGUGUUUUAGAGAAGUUUGCACUGCUGUGCUCUAUUUGAAGGGUAAAAGGCAAAACACUUUUUUCAUUCUUUGGCGUUAUUGUCUGGGUGGCAGUAAUGCUUUAUCUUGAAAUAAAAUCCUCUGAAGAGAA